GGUUUACCAGGGACUAAAGGUGAGAAGACCUGUGUGGAAGGCAGCGGAGCUCGGGUGAGAUCACCCAGGACAUUUCUAUCCCUGUCUCUGGACCCUUCAUAAGAGCAAUGGUCACUUUAGCAUUUUGACUUAAGAAACAGAGAAGGGUGCUCAUUUGUUGUUCCAAUGGCCGAUUUGCCAGUCCACGGGUGUUACUUCACCUGCACAGUCCCCCAAGGCAUUUGUCAUUCACAUUUUAAAACGAAACUAUGACUCAGAAAGUAGCUCUGUGGUGUACUCUUGUCUUUGUGUGAUACCUGUUGAAGAUGUCUGUCUGUCUGUCUGCCUGCCUAUCUCUGUUUCACUGUGUAGCCUUAGCUGAAUUCUGAAAGUAGACCAAGCUAGCCUCCAACUCACAAAUCUACCUACUUAAGAGGUCUUUUUUUUUUAGAUUUAUUUUUUAUUUUAUGUAUAUGAAUAUUUUUGCCUGCAUGUGUGUAUGUGAAUCAUGUGUGUGUCUGGUACCUAAGGAGUUCAGAAGACGGCAUCUGGGCCCGGAGUUCCAGGUGGAUUUGAGAACCUGGGUCCUCUGGAAGGGCAGCAAGUACUCUCCAGCCCUCAGGUUUCUUUUCUUUUUUUCUUUUUUCUUAAGAUUUAUUUAUGUAAAUGAGUAGUGUAGCUUUCUUCAGACACACUAGAAGAGGGCAUCAGAUCUCAUUACCGAUGGUUGUGAGCCACCACGUGGUUGCUGGGAAUUGAACUCAGGACCUCUAGAAGAGCAGUAGGUGCUCUUAACCACUGAGCCAUCUCUCCAGCCCCAGGUCUCUCUUUUCUAAUAAUAUCAGAACGGGGUCUUCUGCCCUCUCCACUUCAUUGUUGGAAUGUAAAAUUAUGCUGGGCAGCCAGCAGACUACAUGAGUAUGCACUGAGGGGGCUGUGGAGAGAUGACUCAGAUGGUAAAGUGCUUGUGAAAGCAUAAAGACAAAUUCAAAUCUCUGUGGCACCCAAGUAUACAUAGCACAAUGGCGUGGACUUGCAAUCCCAGUCCUGGGAGUAGCAGACAGGAGGAUCCCCUGGACUUGCUAGCCAUCCGGUCUAGCCCAGCUGAAGGUGGAAAGUGACUGGGGAAGACACCUGACUUUAACUUGUGGCCUACACACACACACACACACACACACACACACACACACACACACACACACUGAAUUGAAGUGAUGAAUGCAAGACAGCGUGUGACUGGUCAAAGGCCCUUAGAUACAUCACCACCAGGAUUUGAAUUCUAACAACUAUUCUAUCAUGGAUAAUCUACCCCACUCCACGCCCCAAAAAAACUUUUCAGAGGCAGAGACUGGUGUUCAAGGUCAGCCACAGUUCAUCAGGCGUGGGAGCCUAAUCACAUGAAACAAACAACAAAAACAAACAAACAACUUCCCUAUGUCCUCUUAUUUCUAAAUACCCAGGUCCUGUGGGUACCUCAGUUGUCUAUAAGUAUAUGACAUGUACCACUUGCAUGAACUCACCUGAAAGCUCAUGAAAGACUAGGAAAAAGACUAUGGCGUGAACUUUCUCCAGUUUAGAUUCUCCUCUUCCAAGAAGCCUUUCCAGAUGGCUCUACCUCUCUGCCUACCUCCCCUCUUUUGGCCUUACUGACCCUUCUCACAUCUGUAACACAAAAGUGGUUCCGAAUCACCUGGAUGCUGAUGACUCUACACAUAUUAGUAAUUUAUUGAAGCAAUUUCAUUCCACAGAUGUUUACCGAACACAAGUGUAUGCUCGGACGUGCCUGCGCCAGGCCCAGUGGGUGGACACAGAGAUGAAUCAGACACAACCUCAAAGGACUUAACAGUUGGUAGAGGAGACAGACAUUAGACACAGAUACAAUUUACUAGAACUCAAAACAGGAUGACCUAAGUGAUAUUAAGGAACCAUGAGCAAUGUGCUAUAUGCAUAAACCUCAAUUACUUAAUUAUUAUUCUCAGGAGUGCAUUGCAGAAGGUCAGAGCUGAAGGGGCUCUCAUCUGCCCCAACACCUUGUUUACCAGUCGGGGGAAGUUGAGACUCAGAAAUGGGUAAGGGCAUGGCCUAAAACCUUUCCAGUCUUAGUCCUGGGAUUUCAGCUCCUCCUCUGGAAGCUUCGGGUGCAAUAGUUCUAUAUUCCAUCAAACAGAUGUCUAAGAAAGUUCUCCCUCCUGGACGAAGGUAAGGCAAACCCAAGACACUCAGAGCCCAGGCGGCAGAGUGUGACCCUAAGCUGCCAGCCCAGCUCUCAAUCUAUUUACCCAGUGUUCUUUCUACCUUGUUCCUACCACGGUGCCCCUCAAUUGAUUCUAAAUAAACAAGCUAUUGCUUGUGGUGUUGGGGUACAGACCUAAACACAUGACAAGCACGCAUUCUAUCACUGAGCGAUAGCCUAAUUUUCAAAUAUUUUUUCAGGAUUUUGUUUCUGGUUUGUUGUUGUUGUUUGUUUGUUUUUUUGAAACCGGGUUUCCUGGCUGUUCUGGAAUGUAGACCAGGGUGGCCUUGAACUCGAGAACUUUUUUUUUAUUAAGGUAAGGUUUCAUAUAGCCCGGGUUAGCCUUAAACUUCUGAACUUCCUGCCUCUAACUCUGUAAUGCUGAGACUACAAACGUGCUACCACACCUGGCUUGGAACAUACUUUUAAUGGCUUCAUUGAAGCCACUUGAACGUGACCCUGUUAUUUGGGGGAUUCACAAACCUCUUUCCAUUAAACACCAAGCACUUGUUCUGCACUCCCAAAUUUCCUCUAGCCCCUCCUAUUCUCCUCUCCUCAUAGGGAGGAAUUUGCCUGUGGACUGAAGAAGAAGAAAAGGGCCCACAAACUGCCUGAGCGAUGAGAACUGGCUUCUGGAGGAUCUGAGAACUCGCAUUCAGUCACUCACUGACCAGCCUGAGUUCGAUUGUCUGAAUUUGACUUUCUAUACAGUAACACAGCAUAGACACCUAUUCUGUUAUCUCCACAUCCUCUGGAUGGAGAAUUUUUUGUUGAUUUUACAAAAAAAAAAAAAAAAGAUACUUGGAAACAUUAAACUAUUUGUCAGACCCGAUCCACUUUAUUUGGAGGGCCUCUGUAAGACGGGUUGUCUAUCUCGAACUGUUUUCACUGCACCUUGCGGAGCUCUGCACUUGGUAGAGCACCCAGAAAAUUGCUUUAAAAAAUGUUGAUUCUCCAGUAAAAUUCUGCGCCCAAGGCCUGGGUUGGAAGCACCAGAGGGCGCCCACGAGGCCGCCCACUCGCUUGUCUCCAGGGCCCAGGCCGGACCUCAAGCCUGGGUGCGGUCCUACCGCUCCAAGCAGCCGCGCGCCAAGGCAAGAUCAGGGAACAAGAAGAGCCCCACGUCUUCCCACGCCCCGCCCCCUCCCCAGGGCCCCGCGGAGCCGCGAGGUGCGGAACCACGACACGACAUCCUGUUUUGGGGGCCCGCGCGGCUCCGCCUGCAUCUCUGCUGAUCAUGUCUUUUCCCGGGGUGCUGACGGCAGCUGCCCUGCCCCCACCUCUAUCUCCCCACCCUCCCCAGGGGUCUGGAACCUUCCCACUGCUGAAUCACCAACACCCGGCACUCUCCCAAGGCUCAGGGCAGGGGUGGGGACUGCCCCAGCCUGACCCAUUCCGGCUAAUCCCUAGCCAGCCAUGGCUACCUCUAGAUUCCCGGGCAGAGCGGAAGGCAUUUCUCAGCCUUCCCGCGGAGGUUGCGGGGCGGGGAGUGAGAUACUAGGAAGAGAACAAAUGCCCUGCGCCUAGCUUAGGGCCCCUGCUAGGGUGGGAUGCCAAGUGAAAGUGGGGAGACCUGACCUUGAGAGGCCACACUCAAGGGGUCUCAGGGAGAAGAGUGGCGGGAAGCAGGGGGUGCAGGACUGUGCGGCGGGCAAAGCUUACAGAAGACCCCAGGCUGUGGAGGGUGGGGGAGGCCGCGGACUUCCUGGUCCGCCCCGCCCGGGCCGGCCCGCCCCCGCGCCCCGCCCCGGCCCCGCCGGCCCGUCCCCCACCCCCCCACUUCCUCCGGCCUCCAGCUCUCACUUCCUUCUUGAGCCCAGAGCCGCCGCCGCCGCCCCCAGCUCCCCCGCCGCGGGGAGGGCACCAGGCAAGAUCUGGCCACAUUGGAAAUUUGAGCUAAUUGCAAGAAGAGUGUGACCAGGAUGGGAGGAAUCUAAGUAGGAAAACGCUGUGGAUGGUUAAGGUCACUACUUCCAGUGGGGUCCAGAAGAGGGAGGAGGCACUGCCUCCACGGUAGUAACUUUACAACACAAUGCAGAGCAUCAAGUGUGUGGUGGUGGGUGAUGGGGCCGUAGGCAAGACGUGCCUUCUCAUCUGCUAUACAACUAAUGCCUUCCCCAAGGAAUACAUCCCCACUGUGUUCGACAAUUACAGCGCCCAGAGUGCGGUUGAUGGGCGCACCGUGAACCUAAACCUGUGGGACACUGCCGGCCAGGAGGAGUACGACCGCCUCCGCACCCUUUCCUACCCCCAGACCAACGUCUUCGUCAUCUGUUUCUCCAUUGCCAGUCCACCCUCCUAUGAGAACGUGAGGCACAAAUGGCACCCAGAGGUGUGUCACCACUGCCCUGAUGUGCCCAUCCUCCUGGUGGGCACCAAGAAGGACCUCAGAGCCCAGCCUGAUACCCUACGGCGCCUCAAGGAGCAGGGUCAAGCGCCCAUCACACCACAGCAGGGCCAGGCGCUGGCCAAGCAGAUCCACGCUGUGCGCUACCUCGAGUGCUCAGCGCUGCAGCAAGACGGUGUCAAGGAGGUGUUUGCCGAGGCUGUCCGGGCGGUGCUCAACCCAACACCGAUAAAGCGUGGGCGGUCCUGCAUCCUCUUGUGACCCUGGCACUCAGCUUGGAGGCUAUCCCUUGUCCCCCUACCAAUUGUGCCUUGGCGCCUUGUCUGCCCCCAGCUGUGCCUUAAGGACUAAUUCUGGCACCCCUUGCCUGGGAACUCCCUGAAUGCCUUUUAUUCCUUAAGGAGGUACACAGGGAGAGGGGCUUUGGGCCCCACCCCACUCUGCUUGGGAAUACCAAGUAUUCCAUGAGUUCACCUCAAACGGGUUGACCUUUCUAAGAGGCUAACCCAGUGCUCCCCUCCAUUUCCUGCUACUGACCAGUUCAUCCAGCUUUCCACAAAGUUGUUGCUGCCUGAUGUGAUGCCUCCUCAAGAUAGGGGCUCUAACCUCUCUCUGCCUUAGCUCUUGGAGUAAGCUCUCCAAGAUGUUCUCUCCCUCUCCCAAGGGAGGAGCCACAGAAUCCUCAGAAGAAAAAUGUGCCCUAACCUGCCCCAUGUGCCCAGGACUUAUGCGCCUGCUGACUGACUCAGGCCCCAUGCUCCUGGGGGCCUUUCCUACCCCCAUCAGCAUCAAUAAAACCUCCUGUCUCCAGUG